AUGGCCAAGGUCAAGAAUUUCGUCGAAGCGGCAAAGAAGGAUCUUCGAACAGACUACAACUGGAACAGAGCAGCGAGACUCUCCGUCAAAUGUGCUCGAGCCUUGCCAUCUGCCAGCUAUCAUUAUGCCAUUGACAAAGUCCCUAUCAUCGGCUGGCUGCCAAAGUAUGACUGGCGAUGGCUGAUAAAUGAUUUGAUUUCCGGCACAACUGUCGGCCUCAUGCUCAUACCGCAGAGUCUGUCGUAUGCCAAAAUUGCUACCAUACCUGUUGAGAAUGGGUUGAUGUCGUCUUGGCUACCUGCUCUGUUCUAUGCUUUCAUGGGCACCACAAAAGAUCUCUCAACAGGCCCAACAUCCCUCAUCGGCCUCUUGACCGAAGAGCAAGUCUCCCAUUUCGCACCAGAAGACGGUAGCGGCCAGUAUACCGCGACCCAAGUGGCCUCUGGCAUGGCACUCUGGAUGGGCGUCUUCGGCAUGAUUCUCGGCUUCCUCAAUCUCGGCUUCCUGCUGGACUUCAUCUCCCUGCCGAUCCUCUCGGGCUUCAUUACUGCCGUAGCCAUCACGAUCAUCCUCGGCCAGGUCCCCUCCCUGCUCGGCGAAGACAAGGGCGGUGAGAGCACGGCGGCCAAGCUCCACGAUGUGUUCAGUAAGCUCCCUACUGCGAAUGGAUACGCCUGUGCAAUUGGCUUCACGGGACUGCUGUUCCUGACUGUGAUUGAGAAGUGUGGUAAGAGGUGGAGCAACAAGAAUAAAGUGGUGUGGUUCAUCACGAUUACUCGAGCAUUUCUGUGUCUGGUCAUCUACACUGGCGUUAGCUACGCUGUCAACAAGAAGUACGACGACAGCGACGAUUAUCUCUUUGGCGUGGCUGAGGUUGAUGCGACUGGGAUCCCGAAGCCUGAGAUGCCGCCUUCGAGCCUACUCACGCAGCUUGCCGGAAGGAGUAUUGCUAUCUUCAUUGGGUCUGGUAUCGAGCACGUCGGUAUUGCCCGAGCGUUCGCCGUUAAGAACAACUACGUCUCCGACCAAACGCAGGAGCUGAGCUAUUAUGGCCUUACGAACUUCGUCAACUCCUUCUUCCACACAAUGGGCGUAGGCGGCGCUAUGUCCCGGACGGCCGUCAACUCCGCCUGCAAAGUGAAGUCACCACUCUCCGGCAUCUUCACGACGGCAGUCGUCCUCGUCUGUAUCUUCAAGCUCAGUAGCGCUCUGUACUGGAUCCCGAAAGCGACUCUCGCGGCAAUCAUCAUAUCUGCUGUUUGGCCCUUGAUCAGUUCACCGAAGGUCUUCUACACUUACUGGAAGACUUCCCUUGCCGAUUGGAUCUCCUCGAUGAUAGCGCUCUGGGUCUGUCUCUUCGUCAGUACAGAAGUCGGAAUUGCUAGCGCCGUUGGCUUCAACAUCGUCUAUGUUCUGCUUAGACAAGUUUUCACACGGAUCUCGCAUGCUGGAGCUGACAGCGACAUCGAGCUACAGCACAAUGUCGCUCCCAUUAACGCUGGAACAACGGCCCUCGGCGGCAUCCCAGCUGGAUUCCGAGUCUUCCGUCUCAACGAGUCCUUCCUCUUCAGCAACGCCUACCGCAUCGCCACUUCCAUGACCGACGCAAUCCAGACCCACCACGCCCCAAACUACUCCACCACCCGCGGCGCCGAAGCAGAGCGUAACUGGAGCGUAGCCGGUGAACGCCGUAUCGCGAAGCUUCGCAGAGCCGCAGGAAUCUCUGACCCAAACACUCUCCCACCCAUCCGAGUCGUGGUCCUGGACUUCUCAAAAUGUAAUCACAUCGAUUCCACGGCUGUGACGCAGUUGAAGAACUUCCUGGUGGAGUUGAAGAAGUAUGGUGGGGACAGUGUACAGGCGCGCUUUGUGGCGAUGAUGGGGUAUGUGAGGGAGAGGUUUGAGAGGGCUGGUUUCUUGCUUGUGAGGGAUGAGGAGGGAGGCUCUGAUCCGGAGGAUGUAAAUGAGGGGGCUAUUGCUGUGAGGGUUUAUGGGAAUGUUGGGCAGGCUUUGAUUGCGAGGGUGGAGGACGAUGGGAUUGGGUUUUUGGAGAAGGAGAAGGCGGAUGUUGAGGCUAGGGAGGUUGAGGGGAGUGAUGGGAGUUCUUAG